AUGGAAGACGAAAGCUCCCCAAAGGCUGAGGACCUCAGGUCGGCCCUUCUCCAGCCGACAGGAUGCAGCGAAGAUGGUGACGAGAGGAUCGGAGUUGAUGAGAUGCUACAAAAGUAUUCAGGAGAGUUUGGGCCAUGGCAGCUGAGACACUUUGCACUUGUUAGCCUAGCAUGGGCACUUGAUGCAUUCCACACCAUGGUCACCAUCUUCGCAGACCGCGAACCGGCAUGGCGGUGCACCGGGCCGGCAUGCAGCGACGUCGACGUUUGUCAGCUCGAGCCAGGAUCAUGGGAGUGGAUCGGAGGACGGGAGGUGUCGACGGUAGCUGAAUGGGGUUUGGUGUGUGGGAACAAGUAUAAGAUUGGGUUGGUGCAAUCAGCCUUCUUUGCAGGCUGCAUGGUCGGUUGUGGCAUCUUUGGACACCUCUCAGACUCUUUUCUUGGCAGGAAGGGCUCCCUUAUGGUGGGCUGUGUCAUCAACACUAUCUUAGGCUGCCUCACGGCUGUGUCACCAUCCUACACCAUCUAUCUCAUCCUUCGUGUGCUAACCGGCCUGUGCACUGGUCCCAUGGGCACCACAGCCUUCGUGCUGGCCACCGAGCCUGUCGGCCGGGCUCGCCGGGCUGCAGUAGGCAUGUCUGUGUUCUAUUUCUUCUCUGCAGGCAUCGUCGCCCUCGCUACCAUUGCCUACCUCUUCCCGUCCUCUUGGCGCUCCCUCUAUCUCAUCACCACCCUUCCCACUCUCUUCUUCAUUGUUGCCAUCCUUCCUUUCAUCUCUGAGUCCCCUCGUUGGUACCUCAUUCGCCGCAAACCCGAGAAGGCUCUCGAGAUCAUGCGAUCCAUCACUAAGAAGAAUGGCCGGUCCCUCCCCGACCAUGUCUCCUUGGUUCUGGACUGUGACAAAUCUCAUGGCGACACCAACAGCAUAGCAGAUAUGGACAUUGAUAUCUCAGGCUCAAUCAUAGAUGUUAUACGUUCAUCACUAACUCGAUGGAGGCUGGUCCUAUCAACAAUCAUAAGUUUGUUUUGCUCGGUUACAUACUAUGGCCUGACACUAAAUGUUGUAAACCUUAAGACCAAUCUUUACAUGAGUGUCAUUGUAAACUCGGUGUGUGAGAUGCCGGCCUUCACGUUGGCCACCUUGCUGCUAGGGCGGUUUGGACGCAGGCCACUGGCCAUUGGGACAAUGUGGUUCAGUGGUGCAUUUUGUAUGGCCGGGAGCUUGAUGGGUGGCGAUGGAGCAAUGGCGGUGGGCCGAAUGGCGUGCGGUAUGCUUGGAAUAUUUGGGAUUUCUGCGACAUACAAUUUGUUGUUGGUUUACACAGCCGAGCUCUUCCCGACGACGGUGAGGAAUGCAGCACUCGGGUGCAUGCAGCAGGCGGAGCAGAUCGGGGCAGUGGUGGCGCCGAUGGUGGUGGUGAUGGGGCAGGGGCUGCCGUUUGUGGUAUUUGGGUUGUGUGGGAUCAUCGGCGGGGUAAUAUCGUUCUACCUGCCUGAGACCUUCAGCCAGCCCUUGUAUGACACCAUGGCUGGGAUGGAGCAUGGGGAGAAGGCAAGGGAAGGUGCAUGA